AGGCGUUCCGCGUAGAAGGGGGCCAACCAUUGAGAGAGCGCGUAUUCGUCGCAAACAAACUCGAUUCGCACUAAGCCGGGGUUGAUGAAGUGGACGAUGUCGCUGCGGCCACAAGUUCUGGGGAGAUCGUCCAGAAGCAUAAGAAUAAAAGGAAUGAAGCGGGCAAGUUUGCGAACGUGCGUGACCUCAGAGGGAAUGCAGGGGCGCGGGUAUUGCGGGAGCAACUUUGCAUCUGUUGGAGGUUGUCACUACAUGACGCGCACAAGAGGCACAGCUGGCGCAGGAUCUAGACGCGUUCGUGAGCGGUCCGGUCGUUUCUGCGCAAACUGCCACGGAGAUAAUGGAUACCUUGACCCAGCCGGUUGACGCCGCAAAC